UUUCUUUCUCUCCUUUCUUUUCUCCGGAUUUUUCUAGGUUUUCUGAAUUCUUUUUUUUAUUUUUAUUAUUGGGUCUUUAAAGGUUGUUCCUUUGUGGUAUACAUAGAAAGGUUAAUUUUCAUUUCACCUGGUUUCAAUCUCUGCGGUUUCUUAUUAGAAGAUUUGGAUGUUUUUUUGAAGAGAGAUUUGUUUCUGCAUCUGUUAUUUUGAUUUCUUUGACCAUCUCUGUUUUUGUCAACAAAUCACGUAUUGCAAUCCAAAUCGACCAUAUACGCAUCUCUGAUGCCAAUGUUUACGAUUCAGUGAGAAAUAGAGAUUGAUUUGGGCUUCUUUAGUCAUGGUGGAGCCUUAUGAGACACGUAACAACUGUGAAGCAUCACAGAUGGCCAGAUAUCAGAGUUAUAACCAUCACAAUUCCAGAAUGCCAUCGUCAUCGUUAUCAUUAUCAUCGCCAUUGCUUGAUUUGAGAGUGUUCUAUGUCAGAAUCAGCAAUUUCAAGGUGGAUGCUUCGACACCUGAGGUUCUCACGAUCACUCAUAUUCCCCUGGAUCCAGAUUCGCUUCUGGAGAUAAACGGUGUUAGAAUGAGCAUGUACUCUGAAGGAGUUUCUUCUCAGCUUAGGCGAGAUCGUGUUGAUAAGAAAUCUGAAGUAGCUACUUUUAUCAGCACUGACAACAUCAGGCUCUCUGGUAGUGUGAAGUUUGAGGUUUAUGAUAAAGAUGAGCUGGUUUUGUCUGGAACGCUUGAGAUGUCCGGUAGUAAUGGUUUCACUGGUGAAUCUAAGCAUAGCGUGAAGCGGUGGAACAUGAACUGUGAAGCUGAGAUCACCGCAGGGUCUGGUUUCUUGAAGGAGAAACAUAUUGGUGGCUCGGAUUUAUCAUCUCCACUGCCAACUAUUGAAGUCUAUGUCACUGGUUGCUUCUCAGGAACACCCAUCAUCUUAACCAAGACUCUACAGCUUGGUUUCAGAAAGAAACACAGUAGAGUGACUGCAUUAGAUUCAAUUCCGGAGUAUGAAACUGGUGAGCCUCAUAAAGGCAACUCAUCCGAGCUUGAUUAUCAGGUAACAGAAUAUGGAAGUUACAAACAAGAAUAUGAAGGAGAACACGGCGACAUGUAUUGGAAUAGAGAGUAUGCAGAUGGUGAAGAUGGUGAGAUGUCGUGGUUCAAUGCCGGUGUGAGAGUUGGUGUGGGAAUUGGUCUCGGUGUCUGUGUAGCUUGGUAUUGGGGUUGGCCUUCUCGUGCGAACCUAUCAAUCAACUACCAGAAACUUCAGGAGGAGGAUUAUAUAGUAACAUGCAAAUUGUCUCGAGCUUCCCCGACUCUGUCUCUAACUCCAAUCCAUAGCACAUCACUUUUGACUGCAGAACUUUAAGCUAUAUAGUCUAAGCUAAUACCUGAUGUGUAGUAAAAUCUGUCUUCAUGUGUAUUUUUUUCUCUUUGUGCCUUCAAAUUUUGAAAGAAACCGUUCUCUCGUGUUUGUUGAGAUUACUGAAAGAAACAAAGUUUUUUUGCUGGUAAUGUGAAUCUAUUGUCUC